GAUGUGCUUGAAACUACCGUAGGGCUGGCUACGAGUAGGGCAGGUGCCACUUGGAGGAAAGGGCGUCCGGCGCUCCCCGUUGAUGCAAGUGGACAUUGCGGGUGUUCUAAGUGGUGUUGGAAAACUGAGAAUCCCCCUUAUCUUCAGGAUUCAGACUGUUAG